AUGCUUCAACCCAUGUCGGCAUACCUAUUCACCUGCAGCGUCGAGAAAAUCUCUCAAAACGUCACUCGUUCUCCUCCACUUCCAUGGCCUUCCGCGUUAAGCAGUCGUGUAGCCGAUGCAAGGGCCCCCGCUGCUCAUUCAGACUACCUUACAACAGUGCAUGCUCCGGAUCAGACCCUUGCAUCUGCGUCUGCAUCGCCGGCAUUAGCUUAUGUACGUUACCACACCACCACGCUCACCGGUCACCAUCUUCGAGCCGCUGAGCUCGGAGCCUCUGCUCAAUAUGCUGCCGACCAGCAACUCCAGUCGAAAUGGAGGCCUCCCGCAUACAACAUUGCGCAGCGGGCGGUGGGCAUUUGGCAUUUGCCCCAUGAUCAUCCGCCCAACCCUGCGUCCUUGCGGCGAUCUGCUGCCGUGGCUUUCCCCCUGACAACACCCAGCAGCUCCAUUGCCGUGACUUGA